CGUAGGGCGCAGCGCGUUUUGGAGGGUGUCCUUCCGCGGAGAAGGAGGAGAAGGAAGAGGAAGGGAAGGCGGGGAGCAGCCGGUUCGGAGGGAUGUUCAAGAACACCUUCCAGAGCGGCUUCCUCUCCGUCCUCUACAGCAUCGGGAGCAAGCCUCUGCAGAUCUGGGACAAGAAGGUGCGGAAUGGCCAUAUCAAGCGGAUCACAGAUAACGACAUCCAAUCGCUGGUGCUGGAGAUUGAAGGAACCAAUGUCAGCACCACAUACAUUACGUGUCCGGCUGACCCGAAGAAGACAUUGGGGAUCAAGCUGCCCUUCCUGGUGAUGAUAAUCAAGAAUUUGAAGAAAUACUUUACCUUUGAAGUGCAGGUGCUGGAUGAUAAAAAUGUUCGACGACGGUUCCGUGCCAGCAACUACCAGAGCACCACUCGUGUCAAGCCGUUCAUCUGCACCAUGCCCAUGCGCCUGGAUGACGGCUGGAACCAGAUUCAGUUCAACCUGUCAGAUUUCACACGACGAGCCUACGGGACCAACUACAUUGAGACACUGCGGGUCCAGAUCCACGCAAACUGUCGCAUCCGCAGAAUUUACUUCUCUGACAGGCUCUACUCUGAGGAUGAGCUGCCUGCUGAGUUCAAGCUGUACAUCCCAGUCCAGAACAAGGGCAAGCAAUGACGACACCACAUCAGGAAGCUCUCCAAGAGACGCACUGUGAAGCUGGAUGGAAGAGUGGAUUGUUUUAUUUUUAGUUAACAAAAUUUAGAAGCUUAUUUGCCUAGGGUAACUUUAUUUAAUGAAAAUUGGUAUUGUACUGUUGGGGCCAGACUCAGGCCAGUGUUCUGGGUGAAAGAUGACCUGUGAUCAGGCUUGCAGUUUCCAAACUGCCCCAGAUUGAGUGCAAAUUGGGGAGACCUCGGCCUUGAAUGCAUGCAGAAGGCCUGGAGCAGUUCCGAUGUGCUGCUGCGCCUGCAGAUGCCAGAGGCUUUCCUUCUGUGCCCUCCUUACCUUGUUUUCAUGUAUGCUUGAAAUAUGUGGACUGCUUCCCUCCUGGACGCUGCUCUUAAAUAUUUGGUUUUCUUUGUAAGACUGGUCUUGGUAGCUCCUCUCCUCCUGAUGGUGUUAGAUGAAUGGUGAAGGCAGCUUGUUCACUCCACUUUGUAGCUAUAUGAGGGCCACUGUGGGCAGAGGGACGCUGCUAUUGCCCAGCAGCCAGGAGUCACCAAGGGGCAGCAGGGUAAUGUGUAGCUUUGAGUUGGGGGAAGCUGUGAGAACCCACAGGUUCUGGCUUUGGAAACCAAAGUGUGCCUGCCUCCUUGUCUGCAAAAAAGCAUCACUUUUGUAUUGAAGCAUUCCUUCUUUAACAUGAUGUUUUGGUUCUCCCAUGACUUUUUGUCUCUUAUGACUUGUAAUGUUGAGUGAACAUUUGCUGAAGGAACCCUUCUACAGGCUCUGUGCAUCCCUUGACUUCCCUGGAUCUAUAUGUGUGAACCAGUCCCAUGUUCCCAGGGACCCCAAGGCUCGGGAGCAUCGAACUGGUCUCAGUAGAAGAGCAACAUGUUGAGGGACAGCUGCCCACUCUGGAAAGGGAAGAGCAGGGGGUUUCGAGCUGGGUAUGUAUCUGCAGGCAUCCCCUGAAGCUGCGUGUAUUAUGAAAGAAUGCAGGAAGAGGUUUGCAAAUCCUGGCAAUAUCUCUUGAUGCUUGUUCUCCGCCCCCCCCCCCCCCAACUGGGAAUCCUGAUGUCAGCCCGGAGGUUUGUACAACGUGAUCCCAUUAUGUCCAUGGGCUCAUUCUGUAUCAACAGUUAGGAACAGCGGGUUCAUCCCAAAGCAAGACAGGAGCCCAGCUGGAUGAGACCUGUCUGAUUCAGCCUCCUGCUACCCAGAGACCCCCAAGUAGGACUUGAGCAUGAGUAUAGGAGCCAGUAGAUCAGACUCAUACUCUCUCUGAUAUUAAAAACAGUGCAGAGACAUGGAUCAUUUGCCUUCCUGGGCGCUGGGUCUUGAGGAGACCUGGGGCUGCAGAGGCAACUCUCCUGGUCAGAGUUUGCAGAGUACUAACUGUGUUUCCCCAGCCAGCUUCAUACCUUCCCCUUCCUCCCUUGGGGUGACCUGAAGUAUCCAGAACCUGGCAACCCUUCCUGGCAGUCAGGUGGAAAUUGAGUAGGCUAAUGCACACUUGUAUUUGCUAGAUGAUGAGAAAUGCCUGCAGAGCGGCCACAAGGAUCCCAUUGGAUGGCUUUGGCCUUGGAUUUAUUUUAAUUAUUUUAAUUUAUUCAUUUAUUUCAUUUAUAUCCCACCUUUCUCCCCAGAGGGACCCUGAAGCCAGUAACUGCAGCAGUGCCAGUAGGGCUUUGCCAUCAUCUGCUGGUGUCUAUCUUACCUUUUAGCAGAUGUUGGCCUUGUUAUUAUAUUUUAAGAACAUCCUAGAUAACCCAGAGCGAUCCCAAAGCAUUUAGGUGGAAACUCCUGGGAGAGGCGCUGACCCUGCUUAGCUUCUAAGUUCAGGUGAGAUCUGGUUUACAAACAGGUUAACUGGCAGUACAUGGAAGGACCCCCUACAUACAUGUUUGUCUACACUAAGUGGUAGGAAAUCCUUCAAAUUUGGUCCGGAGUGUUCACAAGGAAACAUUGAGACAAUUAAGUGGAUUGGAUCAAUUCCUCCUGAACUCAUGCCUAUAACUGGAAGCGCUGGUGUGUGAUUUGGUCCUUUGUGCAAAUGGGUUUGAAAAGGGCUGGAGAGGGAUAGUAGGUUUUGAUUUCAGAGGUACUGAGAAAGAGAAAAGUAUAUGACCCAGGGUUCACAUGUUAUUCUUUCUCUCCUUGGUGUAUUACAUGGAGUGGGAGUCCAUAUGUGCCCUGCAGUUAGGAAUAAUAGAAACCCUAGUCUUAGCAAAUCCUGGGGCACCAACUUCUUUUAAUUUCUCGCCUGAUGAAGAGAUGAGGAGAACCAAGGCGUGCCAGGCUUUAUGUCCUCUGAGUUGGGGCUGCGUUUGAAUUAAAGCUUUGAUAACCAUAA